UCAUGGCGUUCAAGUUAAUUUUCUGGGCGAUUCUUGUUUCCUUUGCAUGUAUUGACGCACAGAAAAGUCAAUGUGAUUUGAACAAAUUCCGAACCAGCAACAUCGUGCCCACUUUAAUAGCUGCUGUUCCACCAAAUUCUAUACAAAUUGAAUAUAAAGAUCAGCCAGUCAUUUGUGGUGAUUCCUUGACACGGAACCUAACUCAUGAGCGUCCUACGAGCACUGAUUACAAAGCGGACGUAAAUAAGUUAUACACUUUAAUUAUGCUAGAUCCUGAUGUUCCAACUCCGCAAAAUCCCGUCGCUGCGUUUUUUGUUCAUUGGCUGUUGGAGAAUAUUCCAGAAAAUGCGGUGAAGCACGGAGACAUUGUUCUUGAUUACUAUCCACCGAAUCCGCCCCUUCAUUCGGAUCCCCACAGAUACAUUUUUCUAGCCUACGAGCAACCAGCAAGACUGAAGGAUCAAUUUGAUCACGACAAACGAAUCUAUUUCAAUCUGAGGAAAUUUGUAGAAGAACGAAAGCUGACAGGGCCGAUCGCUGGCAAUUUCUUUUACCUGAAAUAGUAGAGACAGUUGUGUGCGGCCGAACGUCAUGCCAUCACAGAACUACGCAUAGAUUGCUGGCAGGAAAAUAGUAGAGACAAGCAGUCAUUUAUAAUGAUUCAUUCAUUUCCAAAUUCAGAAUAUAGACAUAAUUUGAUAGUUUAUAUAAAUUAGAUUCAAUGACAAACGUUUUGUACGUAUCUCUCUCAAACUUAAUACCAUUGAGAAUAUUUAUUUGUUAAGUGGCUUAUCCUUUUUUCUGUGGUAUUUUCUAACAUUUAACAUCUACAAAGUUUUAGGCUCUACUUCAAAUAAAAUUUCUGAAACACAA